GGGUCUCUCUCUAGAAACUCUCCCUCUGUCUUCUUCUUCUUCUCUCUCUCCCAACCUCUCCCUCGAACAGCCUAACUAUUCCAUAUAAGAUUUUGGUGGAGGAGAAGAAUCACAAACAAAACCAACCCAAAACCAAACUCUCUCCCUUUUUUUGCUCAUAAAAAGAUUCGGGUUUCCUGCAAACAGCAUCAAAACAGAGAAACAGAGAUCAAAGUUUGAGACUUGAUCAGAAAAGAGCUUAGCUUGGCUCUGCGAGUUUGAGAAAGGAAAACGGUUUAGGUUGUUUUUUUCGAUUGAAGGGUCUAGCUUGUUUGGAAAGCUGAGGUUGAAGAGAAGAUCAGUUAAUUUCUCUGAAAUGGUUUUCAAGUUUGACAUUUUCUUUGCUGAGGAAGAGAAGGUUGAAGAAGGAGCCGGGGAAAAAGAACGAUAAAGGAACAACAGUAGCAAAGCCCAGUUCACAGAAGAAGCAGAAAGAAAUCGAAGUAUUGGGAUUCAUUUUGAUCUGCUUCUACUGGGUUAUUGGAAAUGUAUGCAACUAUAAUCAGUGAACCAGUGGGAGGUCUACCAGCCCCAGAAAGUCAAGCAGCAGCAGCCCCAAAGCUCAAUCCCCAAUCAGAGAUUGAGUCUGCAAAGUGUGAAUGCUGUGGGCUCACAGAGGAGUGCACCCCUGCCUAUAUUGAACAUGUCCGGGAGAGAAACAUGGGCCAUUGGAUUUGUGGGUUGUGUUCUGAGGCUAUUAAAGAUGAGAUUGUGAGGUCUGAGAGGCUACUUAGCACUGAAGAAGCCAUGGCUACACAUAUGAACUUCUGCAUGAAGUUUAAGGCAUCCGGCCCUCCUCUGAACCCUACUAUUCAUUUGAUAUCUGCCAUGACAAAGAUUCUCCGGCGCAGUUUGGACUCUCCGAGGGGCUCGAGUUCGACUCCGAGUACUCCCAUGAGGAUGGGUGGCCGCCCGGGGCUUACCAGGUCCGGGAGUUGCUUUCCUGCCCUGACCGGCGUAGAGUGAGGAUAAGGAUGAGAAUGAAAAUGGAAGGUGAAACUUGGCAAAGUUACUAUGUCAAUUGAUGAAAAAUAAGAACCCAGAGGGGUGAACAGAAAAGAAUUUAGUUGAGGUUAGAUGCCUAAUUUAGCUGUACUUAGUAAUGGAAUACAGAAGUUUAAUUCUUCUUUUCAAAAGUUAGCUUUUUCUUUCAUUAACAUCCUAUAUUUGUCAAUACUCAUAACUCAUGAGCUCUGUUCAUGUUGAUAAUGGAAUGUAAGGUAUAAGAUUAUGCACAUCUGAUUUAACAUUUUGAUCUUUGGUCGUUUCUUAACCGGGAAAUGGAAGUUUUGGUGCAACUAA